GCUGGUUUGGGACUGUGCCGGCCGGGAUCGGAGGGAUGUGGUGGCAGUCAACGGCCCUCCGUCGACUGGCCCCGUCCGCUAACGCCGCUCCCAUCACCGAGAGCCGAGGCAUCCAGCCAUCGCCUCCCUCGCUCUCUCCCCUGCUCCUCCAUCUCACCCUUCCCCUGCCCGUCUUUCAGGUCUCGUUGGCGCUCCCAGAGCCUCACGCCGUCCACACCGACUGUACCAAGCUCGCGCUAGCAUUCGUCCGGUUCCCACGAAAUUGUCGUCGUCUCUUCCCUCAGCUGCCAGCUUCUUCACUCGCACGAACACACAUCGUGCCCCCACCGCGUCUAACUACUCUAUCCUUGUUGAAGCAUCCAAACCAUGUCCCAGUCACCCCAAGGUGAUAUUCAAGAGCGUAUCGCCGCUGCGCGGCGUGAGGCAGAGAGCCUCAAGGAGAAAAUCCGCGCCAAGAGGGAGUCUUCCGCCGACACUUCAUUGAAGGCAAUGGCUGCCAAUGAGGUUGACCAACUCCCCCGCGUCGUCAUGCGCCCGCGUCGCGCCCUCCGUGGUCACCUUGCUAAGAUUUACGCCAUGCAUUGGGCCACCGACAGGCGACACCUCGUUUCGGCGUCACAAGACGGAAAGCUCAUUGUCUGGGAUGCUUACACCACCAACAAGGUCCAUGCUAUCCCCCUCCGUUCUAGUUGGGUCAUGACUUGCGCCUACUCUCCCUCCGGCAGCUACGUCGCCUGCGGUGGUCUUGACAACAUCUGCUCCAUCUACAACCUCCACUCGAAGGAGGGCAACAAUGUGAAGGGCGCUCGUGAGCUCAGCGCUCACUCUGGUUACCUGAGCUGCUGCCGUUUCCUCAACGACCGUCAAAUCGUCACUUCAUCCGGUGACAUGACUUGUAUGUUGUGGGACAUUGAGGCCGGUGUUCGUGUUGUCGAGUUUAGUGAUCACACUGGCGACGUGAUGAGCCUGUCUCUCGGUCCCAGCCAGAAUGUCUUCGUGUCCGGUGCCUGCGAUGCUACCGCGAAGCUGUGGGAUAUCCGCAGCGGCAAGGCUACGCAAACUUUUACUGGUCACGAAUCCGACAUCAACGCAGUUAGUUUCUUCCCUAACGGAGAUGCCUUUGCCACCGGUUCUGAUGACGCGUCGUGCCGCCUCUUCGACAUUCGUGCCGACCGUGAGCUGAACGCCUUCACUCACGACAACAUUCUCUGCGGUAUCACGUCCGUCGCGUUCUCGAUCUCUGGCCGCAUCCUCUUUGGUGGCUAUGAUGACUGGACGUGCAAUGUCUGGGACACCCUCAAGGGCGAGCGCGUUGGUGUUUUGACAGGGCACGAGAACCGCGUCAGCUGCCUCGGAGUCAGCUCCGACGGCAUGGCCCUGUGCACGGGCAGUUGGGACAGCACGCUUAGGGUUUGGGCAUAAAUCGUCCGCGACCGAUGGAGGUUCGGACUCGUCACAUACCCUCCCUUUUGCCGGAAUGUAAACUCGGAAUGGGUUCAUUAUCAAUUUCUUUAUCGAGGUCUUGGCCUUCUUCAUAUAUGGUAGCCCUUUUCUACCCUUACUCGCGCCGAAUUGGCUGCCGUCGAGUCUGUCUUUACGCGUUACCCUCGAACACUCGUUACACAUCAGACCCCAGGUGGCAUACCUCUCGUGAAUAUUCCAUCUUGCCCUCGUCUUCCUCCACCUCGUCUCCGUUCCAUAUGUUCCUGUUGCUCUUUCUCAGUUGUGCGUUACUUCUAUGUCCCUGCGUUCAUUCUGGUUUACAUAACUGGCAGUACACUACCUAUGCCGUUCAUUCAGCCUUCCUUGUCUACUGGAGCUGUCCGCAUGCUCCGCCAUACUUCACGAAUUGAAGGUAACGCCGUAAGGAUUCAGACAGGUGUCUGUUAUCAUUGAGAUCUCUACGGUACAACUUGAUGUGUGUGGCGGUAUUGGAAUAUAUUGAUAUUAGACGUGUGCGUCUCCGCAGC